AUGUCAUUUGGAACGGCUUGGGAUCCCCAUUUUGGUGGCGUGGACCGUGAUGCAGCUUUCCAGGUGUUAGACGCAUACUUUGCGGCGGGUGGAAACUUUCUUGACUGCGCUAAUAGCUAUACUGAUGAACAAUCUGAAACGAUUGUCGGCGAGUGGUUACAAGAUAGAGGGGUUCGAGACCGUAUGGUCAUCGCCACAAAAUUCACCCUGGAUUACAAGUUCCACCAACAUGGAAAGAACCAGGUUGUCAACUACGGUGGCAACUCCAAAGUAUCCAUGCAUCUAAGCUUGCGAGAUAGCUUAAAGAAGUUACAAACGGACUGGAUUGACAUAUUUUACCUCCAUUCAUGGGACUACACCAGCGAUAUUGCAAGCAUUAUGGAUGCUUUACAUCUCUUGGUGCAGCAAGGCAAGGUUUUGUACCUGGGGAUCUCAAAUGCGCUUGCUUGGGUCGUAUCAGCAGCAAACACAUAUGCUAAAGCUCAAGGGAAGACUCCAUUCUCUGUGUAUCAAGGCAUGUACAAUGUCACCCAACGCGACCUGGAGAAUGACAUUAUACCAAUGUCUCAAGCUAUGGGACUGGGAGUUACCGCUUUUGGGGUGCUGGCAUCAGGAAAGUUGAAAAACAAGUCGGCCAUUGCGGAGCGAAAGCGGUUGGGCAGAGAAGUAUUUCGACUUCUCCAAUCACAAUCCCCCGCAGAAGAGAAUGCCUGCAAAGCCCUGGAAGCUAUCGCGGAAGAAUUAAAGGCCAACGCAGAAACUGUUGCAAUUGCUUGGACGAUGGCAAAGUUCCCCUACGUCUUCCCAACAAUUGGAAUUCGUGAACCAGAACAAUUACAGGACGUAAUGAAGGCAAUAUCGCUUCGACUCACUCCGGAACACAUCACGCUGCUGGAGAACUCGUGUCCAUUGACGAAACCAUACCCGCAUUCUGUUCUUGGAGGAGACGCUGCACAGACUGGAAAGUUGAUGGCAGCAUUGGCUACACCGGCCACGGCGGACAUUGUAAAAACGAGCAAACCCAUUGGUUAUGAGUGA